AUGUUUGGGCUCUUCAGCCUCACUCAGCUCCUGUCAGGUGCACAGCAGGUUACAAAUUCUGCCUCCUUUCCGGACACAAGCACCACCAGCCACUUUAAAGUGAUAAUCCUGCAGCUUCCAAGCAAACAAACACAUAGCUUCUACUGGGCCCUCAGUUACGAAAGCGAAGCUCAAGGAGGCUGCUGUCAGAGCCUCCUCUCCCAGCCCUUACACGAGGCCCCCACGGCCCGCAGCCUCCCCCCACAGCCUCAGCAGGCGCGGCCCCUCUCGACCCACACCGUCCUGGGAACCCUCGCCCAUCGCAAGUCCCAGGGCCCCUGUGGCUCUACUGAACGUGGGGGAAGGGGAAGCCCUCACCUGAGGCUCCAGCUGGCGUGGCCGCUCUGGAGUCCACUGCCCGGUCAGCAAACGGGACUGAAGCCCAGGCUCCGGAGUCCACUGCCCAGUCAGCAAACGGGACUGAAGUACCAGGCCAGGCAUCAGGUGCUCCGAAUCUCUGCUACCGAUGAAGCCCAGGUACAGAAGGUGAAGGAGCUGGAGGACCUGGAGCACCUGAAGCUGGACUUCUGGAGGGGCCCUGCCCAGCCUGGUUCCCCCAUCGACGUCCGAGUGCCCUUCCCCAGCACCCAGGCUGUCAAAAUCUUCCUGGAGGCCCAUGGCAUCGGGUACACGACCAUGAUUGAGGAUGUGCAGGCCCUGCUGGACGAGGAGCAGGAGCAGAUGUUCGCCUUCCGGACCGGGGCCCUUUCCACGGACACCUUUAACUAUGCCACCUACCACACCCUGGAGGAGAUCUAUGGCUUCAUGGAUAUCCUUGUGGCUGAGUACCCGCAGCUUGUCAGCAAGCUCCAGAUUGGCAGCAGCUACGAAGGGCGUCCCAUCUACGUGCUGAAGUUCAGCACUGGGGGAAACAGCCGUCCUGCCAUCUGGAUCGACACCGGCAUCCAUUCCCGGGAGUGGGUCACCCAGGCCAGCGGGGUCUGGUUUGCAAAGAAGAUCACACAGGACUAUGGCCAGGAGCCCACACUCACCGCCAUUCUUGACUCCAUGGACAUCUUCCUGGAGAUUGUCACUAACCCUGACGGCUUUGCCUUCACCCACAACAAGAAUCGCAUGUGGCGCAAGACUCGGUCCCUCACGGAGGGCUCCUCCUGUGUUGGAGCGGACCCCAACCGGAACUGGGAUGCUGGCUUUGGGAGGCCUGGAGCCAGCAGCAACCCAUGCACAGAGACUUACCAUGGCAAGUUUGCCAAUUCUGAAGUGGAGGUCAAGUCCAUUGUGGACUUUGUGAAGAACCACGGGAACAUCAAGGCCUUCAUCUCUAUCCACAGCUACUCCCAGCUCCUCCUGUAUCCCUAUGGCUACAAAGCAGAGGUGGCCCCUGACCAGGCUGAGCUGGACCAGGUGGCCAAGUCUGCUGUGACAGCCCUCUCCUCUCUGUAUGGCACCAAGUUCAAGUAUGGCAGCAUCAUCAAAGCAAUUUACCAAGCCAGUGGAAACACCAUUGACUGGAGCUACAGCCAAGGCAUCAAGUACUCCUUCACCUUCGAGCUCCGGGACACGGGGCGCUAUGGCUUCCUGCUGCCGGCCUCCCAGAUCAUCCCCACGGCCCAGGAGACGUGGCUGGCGCUUUGCACCAUCAUGGAACACACCCUGAAUCACCCCUACUGAACUGGCCCUUCGGGACCCUCCUCUUCCCCCGCCCCCUCUGGCCCCAGCCAGGCAACCAAAUAAAGUCUGAGUGUCCAUGGAACAG